AUGAGAGAAAAUACGAAAAGACAAAUUCUUGACUAUGAGCGAACUAUUGAGCUCCAUACUACAAUGAAGGAUCACAAUGAAGCGUCAAACAAGAAAGGAAAUGAGAAAAGAAUUGCAUCAUUUGUGGAGGAAGAUUCACGAGAAGAUGCCCUAGGAAUCGAAAUGGUAGUUGAAGCUGCGGAAAUGGAAGCACAAGAGAUCGUUUCCACAGGUGAGGAUAACCUAGUUAUCAAUGAACAAACCGACAAUGAAGGUACCAGAACUUCUAUAAUCCGGGUUCCUUUUCCGACGGAGACAAGAAAGAAGAAGAAGAAGAAGAAGAGGUCUUUCACUUCUGUUGUUGCCUCGACUCGAGAAAGAAUACGAAGUACUGGUGGAAGAAGGAAGAACAGUGCAAGAAAUGUUGGUGCUUUUCAUCCUAGAAAGACUCGUAAAUCCUCGGCUGUUGUUGUCACCGCUGAUAGUAGCAAUGACGAUGAAUAUAUCCCGAGAAUUGGAUAUCAGAGAAGGACUCGCAAUUCGAGGAUCAAAGAUCCGGAUUAUUCUCAUCCCCGAGAAGAGCUCAAAAUAAAACCUUUGAUUGAGCCUGUGGAUGACCUAACUGACAGUGCAUCCAAUUUCGAUCUUGGAACCAAUGGAGUGGCCAUUGAAGAGUCUGAGCUGGCAACUCCGACAAGGCGAUCUUAUGUGGCGUAUAGAGGUUCGAGAAAGCGCAAACGGGGACGAGGGCACCCAAAGAAGAAAGAUGGACAAGAAGUUAUUGAGGAGGAUCUUAUGAACAACAACAUCAAUGAAUCCUCCGAGAAACAGAAGAGAAUGUUGGUUGAGGAUCUUAACAUUCCUAGCCAUUUGGUGGUUGAUUCCGAAGAAGUGCUUAGACAAGAUCCCCCAAUUUGGUUCCAGUUGGUUGCUUCAAAUCCCAAGGAAAAUCGUGCCACCUUGCCUCCCUACUAUAUACAAGUCAAGGAUGUUACCAUGCCAGCUUCCUGCAUCAAAAAGUACUUGGUCCUCAAAUUAGGCCUUCAGAAUGAAGAUGAGUUGGAGAUUAAGAUGCGGGGUGCACCAGUUCAUCCGGAGACGGAGCUCCAAGAACUGGUGCGCUUAUGGGUGCAAACGGCUACUGGAUCCGAUAUGGAAAGGAGUUGUGUUGUAGGAAGCCCCGGCGAGGAUCUUGUUAUGGUUUUUGCUUAUAGUUGGCGCCCUGGUUCUUCUAUAUACUAG